AUGCCUCAAGACAGCGAGGAGCUCCCCUUGCUCGAUCGCAAUGCCAGUGUUUCGCUUCAACAGCAAUUGUCGAGCUACCAUGAACGACAACGAAAGCGUCAGCAACGUCGUUACCGUUCGAGGACCGUCGGACGUGCCACUGUGGGCUUUCUAGCAGCCUUACUGCUCACGCUACUGCUCGUGGUGCUUUCAUGGCCGGCACAGCACAAUCAGCACGCACUGGAACUACACUCACUGCUAGACGAGUAUCAGCACACGAGAAACUUUUCUGGCGUCGUGCGUCUUAGUCACAAUGGGCAAAAGAAGCUCCAGCAGGCCAUGGGAUUUGCUAAUGUGCCAUUCAAGCAACCAAUGGAGGAACAUAGCGUCUUCCCCAUGGGAGCGCAUAUACAGCUGCUUAUGGCAGUGGCAAUGCAUCAAUUACAGGAAAGAGGUCUUGUAGAGCUACAGAGAUCAGUGAGUGAGCAUUGGACAGAACAGGAUUGGCAGAAUUUUGGCCUUGAAACGAAUCGAACGACGUGGUGUCCGACACUUGAGCUGGAGGAUGAGUGUCAAGUCGUUACGUUCGAGCACUUGCUCUACAUGGGAUCGGGAAUUAGUAGUCAUGAAGGAGACAUGUUAUCGACCAUGGGGGCAUUUGGACUACAGAUUGGGACGUUUAUUGACAAACCAUUGGCGUUUAAGCCAGGGACGAGUUACAAGUACGCAACUGAGAACUACAUGUUACUGGCUUACAUGGUGGAAAAGCUUAGUAGAUUGACCAUGGAAGAAUACUUGGAACAACACAUUUUUCAGCCUUUGGGCUUGAAACGCACGACGUUUGACCCAUUGCUGCAGACUGUCGAUAUUCAACAUGCACUCGUGGACCAGUACGUGCAGUUCUACGCUCAUCGACAGCCAAAUGGAAGUUAUAAUGCACGCACUGGUGAUAGCAGCAGUAAUAAUUUGAGUGAACCGAUUGUUGUUGCUGAAAAGCACUUGCAACAUAUGAGCACGGGAUCCUGCGCUAUCUACGAGGGACGUGAGAACAGUCUUCAUGGACUGCUGUCGACUGGAAAAGAUAUGCACAAGAUCUACACUGACCUUUUUCACGAACAAGGUCGUCACUCCAAGUUGCUCAAGGCACAUUCCAUUGCGCAGAUUGUGCAGACUCGAAACCCGGCAUACCCGGCGUUUGGUCAAGGCAUUGGUGUCGAAUUUGAGGAGCAGCCGAAAGAAGUAGCACAAGAGAGCGAUUGGCCUGCUAAGAUCACGUUUUGCGGCAGUACCGCAUGCUCUACGACGUGCAUGGCGAUGCAGCUGCCUGCUAUUAACAUGUCCAUCAUUUCCAGUGCAUUCACCAACGACGUGCGGCUGUUUUUUCCAAGUGUCAACGCGUUUCACGCGUACAAGCCGCGCGACUUCCUCAAGCAGCGAAACUCUGCGACCGAGAAGGAUGCGUUUGAGAAAAAUGACGGCGCGGUCAACACAUUCGCGUGGAGCUUGCUGCAGGUUUUCUUACAAUUCUACAUGGCGCCUGACAACUAA